UUAUCUGUUGUAUCAACAAUAAUCAUUUUGGAAGUUUGUGGGACAAAAUAUGUAUAAGGUUUAAACUUGGCUUACAAGGAAGUCAGACUCCCUCGGAGGCAAGCGGAUGUGAAACCCUUUUAUUUCUGGAGAGCUUCCAGAAGCAAAACAAGGCCGGAACUGUUCUAGGGACAGCUUAUACGUGCGUGUAGACAGGGGAAAAACAAAACAUGAAGCCAAAAGAGGGAAGAGGAAAGGAAGGGGAGACAUGACUUUUUCCUGGAGACUGCUCAGGAAGGGUAUUCGAAGUCUGCAUAGCCAUUCAGCCUUAAAGAAUGUGAAAACUGGCUGGGCACGGUGGCUCAAACCUAUAAUCCCACACUUUGGGAGGCCGAAGUAGGGGGAUCACCUGAGGUCGGAGUUCGAGACCAGCUUGACCAAUAAGAUUGCUCAUUUAGAAAGUGAAUGUGUGGGAUAACAUGUCCAGUGUGUCGGAGGAGAGAAGAAAAAGGCAGCAGAACAUUAAGGAAGGACUACAGUUUAUACAGUCACCACUGUCAUAUCCAGGAACACAGGAGCAAUAUGCGGUAUAUUUGCGUGCUCUCGUGAGAAAUCUUUUUAAUGAAGGAAAUGACGUUUAUCGGGAACGUGAUUGGAACAGCUCGAUAAGCCAGUACACGGAAGCUUUGAAUAUAGCUGAUUAUGCAAAAUCUGAAGAAAUUUUAAUCCCCAAAGAAAUAAUUGAAAAACUAUAUAUAAAUCGUAUUGCCUGCUAUUCUAAUAUGGGUUUCCAUGAUAAAGUUUUGGAGGACUGCAAUAUAGUCCUCAGUUUAAAUGCCAGUAACUGCAAAGCUCUGUAUCGCAAAUCUAAGGCUUUAAGUGAUUUAGGAAGAUACAAAAAGGCUUACGAUGCUGUAGCAAAGUGCUCCUUAGCAGUGCCUCAGGAUGAGCAUGUAAUAAAACUAACUCAAGAACUAGCUCAGAAAUUGGGAUUUAAAAUAAGAAAAGCAUAUGUCAGAGCUGAGCUCUCAUUAAAAUCAGUUCCUGGGGAUGGGGCUACCAAGGCUUUGAACCAUUCUGUGGAAGAUAUUGAGCCAGAUUUAUUAACUCCAAGGCAAGAAGCAGUUCCUGUUGUGUCUUUACCUGCACCCAGUUUUUCUCAUGAAGUUGGAAGUGAGCUGGCCUCAGUUCCUGUUAUGCCCUUAACUUCUAUUUUGCCACUGCAAGUGGAAGAGAGUGCUCUGCCAUCUGCAGUGCUGGCAAAUGGAGGAAAGAUGCCCUUCACUAUGCCAGAAGCUUUUCUAGAUGAUGGGGAUAUGGUCCUUGGAGAUGAACUAGACGACCUCCUUGAUUCUGCACCUGAAACUAAUGAAACUGUUAUGCCGUCGGCUUUAGUCAGAGGACCCCUUCAGACAGCCAGUGUCUCUCCUAGCAUGCCCUUUUCGGCAUCUCUGUUAGGAACCUUACCCAUUGGUGCGAGGUAUGCUCCUCCACCCUCCUUCUCAGAAUUUUAUCCACCUUUGACUUCAUCCUUAGAAGAUUUUUGUUCUUCUUUAAAUUCAUUUUCAAUGAGUGAAUCCAAACGAGAUCUGUCCACCUCAACUUCUAGAGAGGGAACACCGCUUAACAACAGUAAUUCUUCCCUUUUACUUAUGAAUGGACCAGGUAGUUUGUUUGCUUCAGAGAAUUUCCUGGGAAUUUCAAGUCAGCCUAGAAAUGACUUUGGAAACUUUUUUGGAAGUGCAGUUACCAAACCAUCUUCAUCAGUGACUCCAAGACAUCCCCUCGAAGGAACCCAUGAAUUGAGACAAGCUUGCCAGAUAUGUUUCGUAAAAUCAGGCCCUAAGUUAAUGGAUUUCACUUACCAUGCUAAUAUAGAUCAUAAGUGUAAGAAAGAUAUUUUAAUCGGUAGGAUAAAGAAUGUUGAAGAUAAAUCAUGGAAAAAAAUACGUCCAAGACCAACAAAAACAAAUUAUGAAGGACCAUAUUAUAUAUGUAAAGAUGUUGCUGCUGAGGAAGAAUGUAGAUAUUCAGGCCACUGCACGUUUGCUUAUUGCCAAGAGGAGAUAGAUGUGUGGACACUGGAGCGGAAAGGAGCAUUCAGCCGCGAGGCUUUCUUUGGUGGCAAUGGAAAGAUUAAUCUUACUGUGUUCAAACUUCUCCAGGAGCAUCUUGGAGAAUUUAUAUUCCUUUGUGAGAAAUGUUUUGAUCAUAAGCCUAGAAUGAUAAGUAAAAGAAAUAAAGAUAAUUCUACUGCUUGCUCUCACCCGGUUACAAAGCAUGAGUUUGAAGACAAUAAGUGCCUUGUCCACAUUUUGCGAGAGACAACAGUAAAAUACUCCAAAAUACGUUCCUUUCAUGGUCAGUGUCAGCUUGAUUUAUGUCGACAUGAGGUUCGGUAUGGCUGUUUAAGGGAAGAUGAGUGCUUUUAUGCCCAUAGUCUUGUGGAACUGAAAGUCUGGAUAAUGCAAAAUGAAACAGGUAUCUCACAUGAUGCUAUUGCUCAAGAAUCUAAACGAUAUUGGCAGAAUUUGGAAGCAAAUGUACCUGGAGCGCAGGUACUUGGUAAUCAAAUAAUGCCCGGAUUUCUUAAUAUGAAGAUAAAGUUUGUGUGCGCCCAGUGUCUGAGAAACGGUCAAGUAAUUGAACCAGACAAAAACAGAAAAUAUUGUAGUGCAAAAGCAAGGCAUUCGUGGACCAAAGACCGGCGUGCGAUGAGAGUGAUGUCUAUUGAACCACCUUACCUGAUCUUGAAGAUGACUGUCCGAGCAAACCACUUGAGUUGUCCUGGACUUUCUUCUUCACGAGAGAGAGGGUCUGGAGAGCAUCUAGAGGCACUUCACACGUGUGUUAGCAGACACGGACACUUGGAGCAUCUACACAUACUGUGCAACCAUAUUGCUUCUGGGAAAAAAUGUCAAUAUGUUGGAAACUGUUCCUUUGCUCAUAGUCCUGAGGAAAGAGAAGUUUGGACUUACAUGAAGGAGAAUGGGAUACAAGAUAUGGAGCAAUUUUACGAACUAUGGCUCAAGAGUCAAAAAAAUGAAAAAAGUGAAGAUGUAGCCAGUCAGUCAAACAAGGAAAAUGGAAAACAAAUUCACAUGCCAACAGAUUAUGCUGAAGUUACAGUGGACUUUCACUGCUGGAUGUGUGGGAAAAACUGCAACAGUGAGAAGCAGUGGCAAGGCCACAUCUCCUCCGAGAAGCACAAAGAGAAGGUUUUCCACACUGAGGAUGACCAGUACUGCUGGCAGCACCGCUUCCCAACAGGCUAUUUCAGUAUUUGUGAUAGGUAUAUGAAUGGCACCUGCCCAGAAGGGAACAGCUGUAAAUUUGCACACGGAAACGCCGAACUUCAUGAAUGGGAAGAAAGAAGAGAUGCCCUAAAGAUGAAGCUCAACAAAGCACGAAAAGAUCACUUAAUUGGCCCAAAUGAUAAUGACUUUGGAAAAUAUAGUUUUUUGUUUAAAGAUUUAAACUAAUAUGCUGGCUUUUAUGUAUGAUACCUAAUCAGAGCAUUGACCAGAAAAAUUGAAAGUGUUCUAAGGCACAUAGCAGAGGAGCUGCAGACUUUCUGCUUGUAUUGGCGUAUAUCGUUCCUCCUGAGCAGCAACCCACAGUAGGUAGGAAAAUGGGCUGUUUCACAGGCCUGGCCAUGCUCUCACGGAAGCAUUGGCAUCAGAUGGUGAAGUGACUGCUACCUGGUUGCCAUCUGUUGAACAGACUUUUGGAUGAAGUGUGUUGGGGAAGAGGAUAAGGUUAUAUCUAGGACAACUCUUUGAGUUGGUCCUUCAUAUAAGAAUCAUGACGGUAAGAGAAUAAACACUUGUACUGGGAUCAGAAUACAUGAUGGAUGAAAUUCUUUACAUGUUUUAGCAGAAUGAAUUUGUUUAAUAUAAUAAAGUUUGCUACUUAUCUGUAUGUAGGUUGCUAAAAAGGAUUUUCUUAACUCAGAUUUUAAGCCAAAUAACCAUUUAACACUAGUAUUUGUUAAAUGGGGUAUUUUUCUGUAUUUGUAUGUUUCACUAUAAUAAGGGAAUUAAGGAUAAUGUGCAUUGAGAAUAUUUUGAAAAAUAAUUAAUUGACUCAAAUUUUAUUUCUUGGUCUUUUGCUGUUUAAAUGAUGAUUUUGAAAGAUUAAACCUGUACUGUUGGUAUUGUGUUAGUGUAUGGACCAAUACUGCCUGUAAUAAAGAUUUUAUAUAUAGAUGA